AUGCUAUUAUUUAUCUUUUUAUUUUGAAUAGUCGAAAGUGAGUGAGUCGGCAUUCUAGAAUUUCACGUUGAAAAAUUUCAAAUUGAUCAUCUAGUCAGAAUCUACAAACCAGUGAUCUAUAUUUAGAACAUUCCAGUAUCAAGGGUUUCAGGCUAUUUAUGUCAUCCUCCUGAUUAUGACUGCCCAUUAAAACCUAUUAUCCUGGUAGCAGCUGUUAACUCUUCAGCAACGCUAAAUGAAGCGCUUUUACUUUCAAAUUCCAAAAAAGCUAAAGCAUUGGUUGUAAUUACUGAUAUGCAGCUUGAUAAUUGGCCCAAAAAUAUUCUUGGCUUUAAACUGCCUACUGCAAAUGGUCAGGUUCUCUUGAAAAAAUUAUCUGAUAACCCACAUCAAGAACUUGCACACAUUUCAUAUUUCUUUAAGUGUAAUUAAGACUUAGACCAUUGCGAAAUAUACAAUCCUAUUAUUUACGAAUAUAUUGUUUUAUCUAUUGUCUGAGCACUUAUUCUGGGUUUAUGGCUAUAUAACAGUUAUGUAAGAAAUUUAAAUUUUGCUGAUAUGAAUCACAAAUAUGCAUCAUUGAUUUUGGCUUUUAAAACUAUAGAAUUGCUGUCAUCUUUAUUUUUUUGAAGCAGCUGUCCUUAUAAUCAAAUAAUUUCUCAAUUAUUUAGCUUGCUCAAAGAUCAAUGUAGAGCUCUAUACGAAACCUCCUUGUUUGCUUAUAUAAUGGCUCUCAGUAAAGGCUGACAUCUCUCAAUCAGUGCACCAAAUAGAAAUGAAUUUAGCUAUAUCAUUAUGCUGACUGUCGUAAUCUACGUUUUUGAUUGCGCUCUUAACUUGAUUGAAUCUUCUAUGUCUGUUUUUAUUCUCAGUCUAUUUUUAGUGAUAUUUUCGCAUUCAUUUUAUUUUUCAUUUAAAACUCUUAAAGUCUUGAAAAAUCAAUAUGCAAUUGUAAGGGAGUCAGGAGACUAUAGGCUUUUUAGGGUGGUAUCACAAAAAAUCAAGCUUUUUCGGGCAUUUGUAGGAAUAUUAUCUUGAUAUGUCAUUGGAGAACUCAUUUUUCAUGGAAUGAUUUGAUUUUAUGAAAUAGAUGAGAUUAAUGAUGAAGAUAGGAAUACAGAAUUAUGAAUUGGGAUUCAUGAAUCUCUUGAAAUCAUCACUUUUACAUUUAUUCUAUAUUUGCUUCGUGCUCGGUCAAUGGGACCAUAUUUUUCUCUUACUAUAAACCCAGAAAGCCAUAGUAAAAUGAUCCCAUUUUAUGAAGCUUCAAGAAUGGCUCCAACAGAGAGGUCAAUAGUUGCGAUCCAGCUUCCAAGUGAAAUCGUGCUAGGAAAACUUAUAGUAACUUAA